UACGAUAUUGUGACUUUGUACCGAUUGUUUCUUAUAUAUAUAGUUUUGUUUAAUUAAUUCGAUACUCUGUAAUUGAGAAAAAGUCCGCGCUGUAGUGUCUAAGUGUUUUGGUUAAAAAAAAAGCUUGUUGUUGGACCAACUUAACCUCUAACUAUAAAAGUGAGCCACCAAAUAGAUAAAUCAUGAUUAAACAUCAAAUAGUGCAUCGAUUAUUGGCUGUGUCAGGCUAAGUGUUGGCGAUAAAUAACGAAGACAACGACAAUUGCCGUUAAGCACGUAUUUUUGAAUCUGAAGUCGUCAUAAUUACAGUUAAAUCGUACCUGUAUACACAUAGUGUUGAACGUCUUCCAUUACGUUGUUUUUUUCAAUUUAUAUUGAUUAAGCGAUAAACAAUAAUGUUUCGAAUAACAACGCGAGUACUGUGCCCGCGGAUGCUGGAGUUGCCGAGCCCAAGUUGCUGCUCGACGCUCCUGCCAAAACGUCACGCUGACGACAGCAAGAACGGCCGUGGUAGCAGCAGCCGAGUAAACUCACUGAAGAAGUACUGGUUUUUCCGGUACGUCGACUACAUCAAAAACUACGACAAACUGCUCGAGAGCAAGUUCCCGAGGUCGAUGCACGUCUACCGGAUCUUCAGCCACGGGACCCGCGAGUUUUACAAGGACCUCAAGCUGUACGUGCAGACAAUCAAGAAGGCGAGGACCUCGGGUGUCGACAGUCUCAGCCGCGAGGAGCUCGAGCUGAGCUUUAAAAUGCCCAAGGACCUCAUCAAGAUUUCCCCUGUGCUCCUCGUUUCGGCUGUGCCCUUCACCAACUACAUCAUCUUUCCCCUGGCCUUUUACUUUCCCCACGUUCUGUUGACCUCGCACUACUGGUCCAUCCAGGACAAACUCAAGUUCAUGCUCAAGGAGCACAAGCGCCGUCUGGUACACAACAAACCCCUACUGAGGUGCAUGCAAAGGGAAGUGUGCAAGGUGCACGAAACUCGGCUGCAGGCCGAAUUUAGAGACAUUGUAGCCCACCUGGGCAGUGGAACUCAUCCAAAAGUUCAGCAAAUACUCGACUGCAGGCAAUUAUUUUCGGGCGAGCCUUUCUCUCUUUCGGAGCUCACGAGAAAACACGUUAUAGAAUUACUGAAGGUUCAUGGAUUGAGUAGGUUCGGAUUGAGGCACAGAAAGAGGCUUCUUGAGAGAGGUUUACUCAUCAAACGCAUGGAUACUGCCAUCCAAAGAGAAGGAGGAGUCUGCAAACUGCCGUACGAUGCCAUUCGAUGGGCAUUAUCAUUCAGAGGUGUGAAUCCAGUAAACAUGUCGAUUGACAGUAUGCAAGUUUGGCUUGACCAAUGGCUGUCAAUAUCAGCAGAAGUUGACGAAAACAGUAUUUCUUUACUCUUGCAUUGCCCAAUUCUGUUGGCGUAUAAUUUAGAGACAAAUUGGACUCUCUUGUAUCAUGGCAAAAAAAAGCACAAGUGAUGAGAGUCAUU